UUUUAAUCAAAUCAGUAAAGUUCUUAUUUGAUUGUGAUGCGAGAUAGAACAGCAUUAUCUAAUCUUCGGUGAAAAUCACACUCUAACUGGACGACUGAUUUCCGUGAGACAACCUGUGUGAAAAGUGAGCCCGCAGUGAACGAGAGCGCGCCAGGAUAAUAACACCGUUACAUACCGACACUGUCAGCACCCGCCACACAGUAUCAGCCUCCGUCUCUGCAAAUCCGUCGGACGAGAAAAUAUCCACUUUCGCUGUGGUUUUCGCGAUCACAGCAAGAAUUGCAGUUCCAGCCAGCGGAGAGAGAGAACGUGUGUGCGUGUCGCGCGAGCAAGUUACGGUCUAUCGGUCGGACAGAAGGAGGGCUUGGAAAAAUUUAGCUUUUUUCCUCCGGAACCGGACAGGCGGAACUGGUUUCCCCCAAGGGUGGAAAAACCGGACACGGUCGAAUCAGGGAAUCCGUUGUUGGACCGCGUGUGAGAGCCCUCUGGGUGUGUGUGCAGAGGAACGACGGCGGAAAAUCUGAAGUGGAAAACUCGGCUCGGGUGGAAAAGUGCAAAGGAAAAAAAAGUGCUUCGCCCUACAAAAGGACUACGCCAGAAAACAAUCGAUCUGCUGCAGCAAGGAGCCUUUCUCUUGACUGGGUGUGAUUUGUUGUGUGAAAAUUUUUCUACAUCCGACGGGUUGAUGUUUAGUGCCGCAGAUCCCACGGGUAAACAAAUUGAAGUUGGCGUUCAUCAGCUUUACCUUUAGUAACUUAACUCUUGUCCUCCUGUUCUCGAUCUACCGGAGUAGGCACUCCGCGAGGAUGUUUGUCAAGCAGGCAGCAUGGAACCAUCAUCGCCACCAAUGGAAUUGUUCUUGGCCACUGCGGCAAGCAGCAAACCUGUGCCGGCAGUAGCCCAUACGGUGCUUCCGGCAGGCAGCUCUUGACAACGGAGGAUCCGUCGUCGCUUCGCUGCUAGGUGGUCCCAUUCUUAUCCUCCCAACAAGUCUCCCAUAUGUACGACACUAGCACAACCUUUGAUGCAAUCGUUGCAGGUUUAGCCCUACCGUAGUACCUAAGUGCGACAUUUCAGCCAAAACCAGCCUGAUUAUUUGAACUGGAUUAAUCGAACGCAGUGAGUCAAUUGAGAAAGCGAAAACAACCAGAUCAGCGAGAAAUCAGAAGUAUCAUAGAGUAGUGCAAUCAGUUUUCCAAGUGCCAAAAUCAUUAAGAGAAAAGAAGAAAGAAAGUGGUAGCAUCUUUUUACUACGUAACAUAGCGCAACAACAGCAACACAACAACAUACGAAAACUAGUGAACGCAUAAGCGAAAGCAAAUAGUCAAAAACCAGUAGCAAUCCGUUACAAUCAUUAUGUAAAAUAAUCCCAAAACAGCUCUGAAGCAAGUGUGUAAGUAGAGUGCGAAACAGAAUUAAACCAGUGACAAGUGUAGUCCGGUGAAAGAGAGUAGAUUUCAUGUUAGUGAAAACAAAACCGCUUGCAGUAACUACGUAGCGCCAUCAAAUUUGGAUAAAGCCGAAUUCACCGAACUCUAGCAACCGGCAACAAUAAGAAAAAAUAUCGAAACAAAUCGAAACAUCGCCUAGUAUCGGAAUAUCAUCGGCAUACGCAACACGAAAACUAUAAAACAGCAAGCAUGGGAGAUUUGGUGAUUCCGACUGUUUUGGGGUUUCCCGAUGUGAACAUUUUCUAGGCGCUGUUGUGUCAACGACUUGAAAGCAGACGAUAUGGGCACAGCAUGGCCUCAGAAGUAUUAUUCAUCGAGAGGACAUGCCAGCGCUAUCCUAGCACAGUACAGGACCUUCCCGCAAGUGGCAGCGGAGACAGUAGUGAUCCCCAGUCAAUCACCCGCAGCAGCAGCAGCAGCAUCGAAUCCUACGACGGAACCUGCAACCAAACCUGGUCCCACGAUCGAUGGUGCCACCGAUGGGAAGCUUCCCGGUCAGUCGACGGUCAAAGCUCGCGGCUCCGGCCCGGUCGGCGGAAGCGAUUCGGUAGCAGCUCAAGCCAAUUUUUCUCAUCUGUACCGCCCCAUCUGGUGGUUCUUUCUAAAGGCAAUCUACUUUUCUACUCCCAAUGGCCCUGGCCUCUGCUGGUGGCUGUCCGAGGCUACUUACACCGUCGGAAACACCGCAGCGCUAUGCUGGCCACUCGCCGGCCCGGAAAACACAAACGUGCAGCUGCUCUCGGGCCACUCGCAACCACACACAACCAAAACAACAACCAUCAAUGCUUCCAAACAAAUAACACUAAACAGAUUCGUACGUUUAACGAUAACACUUUUGAUAACACGAACCCUAAUGUUAAGAAUAGUGCAACAUCUGCUCGCCACCGUAGUAAUGAUGGUUAUAGCCGUCGACUGCCAGCAUCAUCGCCACUUCAACAGCAAUGCAAGCAAGAAGAAAAGACAACCGAAUGCUGCCAUAAUAAUCAAUAUAAUAAGGAGACUUCCGUCGAGACCCAGGAGAAAACCGGCCAAAACGAAAAGCAACCGGUCCAGGUGUGGCUGGCCCUGGCACAACAGUCGGCAGUCACUGCAACAACAUUUCUACUACAGUUCUUGCGUUUACUACUGGUCAGCAACACAACUAGUAUAUGCCAAAGAUCCAAAAAAACUUUCUUGCUGGCAACUAACAAACGACGUCCCAGUGGAAGAAGUAGUAACGCAAGUUGCAGCACCAUCAACUACAGUAACAACAACAAAAACAAUAAAAACAACAAAAAAUGUCACCACAAUGCCAAAAACGAUGACGAACGACGACAACGACGACGACGACGACUGCAGAAACCUCAGCAGCAGCAUCCCUGCGGCAAUUCAGCCGCACAGAUCGCAGCAGGCCGUGGGGUGCAAAAAAUUGGGCGGCUCUUCCUGUCGGCACUACUCAUUGUUAACAUGUUCACGUUUCUUCACGGAGCAUCUGCCGAGCUGGUAGACAUCUCGGUCGGGGUCGUUCCAAGCGGGUACACAGACUCGCGCUCCCGAAUCUCGAUGGUGCAGUAUUUGGAGCCCCUAGCCCGACCUACCAAGGCACCAAAAUGUGACCAAACGUUCGUAUCCCGUGCGGGCGGUCCAGCGAACGGAACGUUCAACGCGCCGCUGCUCACCAAUCCGACGAAUCACUCGCGCCAGUGCCUGUACAUCUUCCUAGCAGGUCCCGGCCAGCGGGUUGACGUUACCUUCACGUCGUUCAACCUAAGAGGAUCACCACCGGAUGGAGCGGCAGUUGGUGAACUUCCAGCCUGCGUCCACGAGUACAUGGACGUAUACGCCGAAGUUCAGUCGUCCGAUCCGGCCGAACUGAUCAACUCACCGUUCGGUGGACGCUACUGUGGUCCUAUACCGCCACGUCGUCGCAUUUCGUUGUACCGUGCUAUUGCAUUGUCAUUUUAUACGGAUAAAAACUCGACAACGCCGGAUAUUUUCGAGGGUCGAUAUGCCUUUAUUAAUGAAUCUGAAUACGAGAUUGGUCAGCCGGUGAUUGGGUCGCCAUGUUCCUAUGUAAUUAAUUUUGCUCAGAAACGUACGGGUGCUAUUAUAUCACCAACUUAUCCAGGUGCCUAUCCAAAAGAUAUGUCGUGCACAUAUCAGUUCAUUGGAAAACCGAACCAGCGGGUACGGAUCGAGUUUCGCGACUUUGACCUGUUCUUCGGUGGACCUCAUUGUCCGUUCGACUACGUGCGUGUGUUUGACGGACCGGACAACACUUCCGCCGUGGUUGGCACGUACUGCGGUCAGCAGCGGAACCUGGUGCUGUACUCGAGCGAACAGUAUCUGUUUGUGCACUUCUCGACGCUCCAGCGAACGGCCAACACGCAGAACCGGGGUUUCAAGGGGAUUUUCGAGUUCAGCGAGAGCUUCGUCAAGCUAGAUUUUAUUCGAGAAAACGAUGGCAUGCACAUACGAGGAUCGGAAUGUGACCAGAAGAUCUUAUCGAAGAAAGAAUCGACCGGAUUCGUGUAUUCGCCAAACUAUCCCUUCCCAUAUAUACCGAAAGUAGUCUGCAGAUAUUUCGUGUACGGUAUGCAGGACGCCCAGAACCUGGAACGAGUGAAGCUGGAAUUUUCGAUUUUCGAGAUUCCGAAAGGAGAGCACAAGGGCGAUUCCAACUGCACUGACGGAUACCUGAAGGUCUAUCUAAAGGGUCAGGAAGUGGCAGACGCGUACGAUAAGUUCGAUCACGAAUUGUGCGGUAACGAGCUUCCGCAUGCCGUCAUCAGCGACGGACCCCGGCUGGUUAUGGUGUUCAGUUCCGGGGAAUUGCAAGGCCGUGGUUUCAAGGCGAAGUACACCUUCGAGACGGAGUACAAGAUCCCGGGAACGGCCGCACCGGACGGAACCUGCAGCUUCACCUAUCGAAGCACUUCGCGUAAAAAAGGCGAAUUCAACAGCCCUCGCUAUCCGUCGAAUUACCCGUCCGAAACGAACUGCUCGUAUGUGUUUUUGGCCACUCCGAACGAACAAGUGACGAUCGUUUUCGAUCACUUCAAGGUGAAAGCGGACGGUGCGAACACCACUUAUGGUGCGUACGGAACAUCCGUUUGCUUCGAAGACUGGCUGGAGAUGUACGUCCUGUACCGGGACGGAACGGAUCGAUUCUUGGGCAGAUACUGUAGCUUGACGGCUCCAGGUCCGGUAGAAAGUCCCCGUGGUGCCGUUGGCAUUCGGGUGGUGCUGCACACGGAUCAGGAGAACGUGGCCAGCGGAUUCAAAGCACGGUACAUUUUCGAAACUGCCAAAUCUGUGUUCGGUGACUGCGGUGGCAACUACUCCGGAGAGGACUCCGGCGUUGUGACAUCGCCCAACUUCCCCGCUAACUAUGAUGCACCCGGCAAGGGGCUAGCGUCCCGGGCCUGUAACUGGUACAUUACGGCGCGAAUCGGGUACAAGAUACUGCUCAACUUUGACUUCUUCGGCAUCGAGGGAGAACCUGCAACUCGUGGCUGUGCUGCGGCUGUUAUGCGCCUGUGGCUUUCGCCUGACUCCGACAUGUCCCCUAUCGAAAUGUGCGGCGAAAAACCGGCUAUGGAGCACUGGCAGUACGUAACCCAAGGCCAGACUGCUCGAAUCAGUUUCACCAGCGCGGACAAAGCCAUCGGGGCACAGGGUUUCCGCGUAAUCUGGACCGAAGUGCAGGAUUCUCCCGUCGGGCCCAGCUCGACCAUUUCGUUGCUGUGCGAGUCCACGUACCACUUCCAGUGUCUCGGUUCCGGCUACUGCAUCUCGGAGCGGUUGCGCUGCAACGGCGUCAAGAACUGCGGCUCCCAGGACAAUAGCGAUGAAAUGCACUGCAUCAUCAUAGUUCCCGAGGAGGAUCACGGCGCGCUCAUAAUAUCCUGCAUAGCCGCCGCCUCGUUCCUAAUCUGUCUCCUCUGCACUCUCUGUCAUCGAAAAAGAAAACGCAGACAUCACAGACAGCUGGGUCUGCAUAGGAACGCCCACUACGAUUCGACAACCAGUGCAACCGGUAUAAGUUUGGGCUCCAGCAGACGGCACCUGCAGGGCGGCGGUAGCCUGUCGGGUAGCCUCCACGGUAUCAACAAUAGCGAACCGAUGGUCAUUCCACCGGCUCCGCUGCCUCCCGUCAGUGUACCGCCGCAUGUCUGCAUCAACGAUACCUUGCUCGAUCCGGACGACCUGAACGAUGACCUGUUUGUGAAUAGCUGCGAUCGCUUCGACGACGACGGCGAGUGUGUAUAGCGAUCGGAGAGACCAUCGGCGACGUUGCUUUACCGACACUGCAGUCUCUGUCGCUUCUGUCAGCACUUCUACCAAGGACAACACUGUUGUUCGUUCUAUUACUACUACCCGUACGACUAUUGUUCCACCGUGCUGAAGCUGCUCUGCUUUGGUCGCGAUUGUCAUCAUCAUCAUCAUCAGCAACAACAAUAUCAUCAUCGCAAUCGCCCAGACACUGAUACGGACGGUGGUCGUAAGGCCAACAAUACGAACGACAGUCAACGGCAAGAUGCGCACGAGUACAACUUCUUUCAUCAUCCCCACAACUAUCAGUAUCCAAGCGUGGCAAGCACCGAUGACCAUGAGAAAGUUAUUUAUUACUAGCAACCCUGCGAGGCAGAGCAUCAACGACGAAGAAUUACUAUCCGCAUUCGUUAACAUCUACUGUGAAUUUUGUUCGUAUCCGAAAAAAGGAAAGGCAUUAACAAUAAUUAAACAAGAAUAACACUAACAUUAGAUAAAUUAAAUAUUUUGAAUUAAUGGAAACAAGGUAAGAUUUUUGUAUUCAACAGCAACAACAACAACACUUGUAAGCUGAAGUAAAAGAAAACAGGUGGAGGAAAAUAUUACAAGUAUAGUCAAAAAAGGUCAAAACACAAAGAAAGAUUUCAUAACCAAUCGCAAUACAUUAUAUUUUAGUUUAGGUUUUCCGAAAAAAAACAAAAGAAACUGUAAAUGUAACAUAGUUAUUAUGAAAAUUGACGAGAAUUGCGAGUCGGGACGGUGAAAUUGUUUUAUUUGUAAAGUUCCUUUUAUAAGAAACCCCCUUUUUAAGAAAAAAAAAAAGAAUUAAAACCUAGUGGCUAAAGGCAAAAAUGAUACACCCAAAAAAAUAAGAAGUACAUAUAAAUAACCCAACUAACACACAAACACACACACGUGAACCUAGGAAAUAUUUGAAUUAAAACAACACGCUCAUCAACAAGCUCAUCGAGUACACUCACGACACACACACUCACACGCUUAUGAAUAGUGAAUUUUGGCAGAGGGAAAAACUUGUUAGAAAAACAUCCAACGAGGCGCGGCAAAACAUUUGUAACAUAACAAUUGAUGGGGCGAGAAUACAGUUGUUUUUUAUAUAUUUGUACGAAGCAUAGACAUUAGAGCAUUGAUACAGAAAUUAUAACAAUGUGUAGACUAAUCUAAACGACUAAAAAAAUAGAACGCAUCAGAGCCACCAUCAUCGGACAGGUUGAAAAAGGUUGAAGAGUUGAUUUAACUUCCCCAUUCAGAACAAAAAGAGUUACCAGCGGGUCGGUAUAGCUGUUGAUCUUUUUUCUUUAGAACUUUAUUUUCAAAAAAAAAAUUUUCACAACUUGUUGACUACGAUUAGGUUGAGAGAAAAAAACACGCUUACAAGAUCUUCCCCGUUUGAGUAUGUUAACGAGAAUGAGAACCCUUUUUUGUUGUGUUAGAAACCAAAAUCAAAAACGAGGUGGGAGAAUAACAUGAAACAGUUAAACUAAAGGAAAAAUGCAACUGCAAAGCAAGAAUUUAAAGGUGAAACUGCAAAUAACAACUAAAUACUAACCGAAUAAGUAAACAUAACAAUUAACCAUGUAUUGGAUGUGUAACGAACAUAAACAAGUAUAAUUUAACAGAAGCAGGAAAGUAAGGUUAACCAAGAUAUAUUGACAAACACACGAGCGUCCAAGUAACAAAAACACACUCACACAUACAUUUACUUACACACACGUAAGGUAAAGGAUAAACAUAUACACUCACGCUAACGCGCACGCGAACGCGUAAGACAGCAAACUAAGCAGAGCUGGAAUGCGAGUGGAACGCUGGGCGCGUCUUUUAACCGUUAGCUAAAGAAAAAAAACAGCAGUAACCACACUAAAAACGUUAUUUAUCAACCUCGGGAAAUCCACUAGCGCACGACGAAACGGUCAUGAAACAAAACGUCAAAGGGAAUUACGACUCCCCUCGAAUCUUCCAAUAGGUCUUUAAAAUUUGAACUAUAGGCGGAAACAAAUCCAAUAAAAUGCACUUCCAGUAAGAAUUCCACCACUCGUCUCGUUCUUCUGUGAGUAAAUAUUCUAACGCAGAAACGACAAAAUUUAGUACAUUUAAGUGAAGCUAAAAGAAAAUGGCGAAUGGGGUUAUAAGGAUGGAGCACUAGUUUGAACGUAGCAAGCUUUUCUGUUCGGUACUAUUACCUUUUACAGUUGUGAAAAAAAGGAAGGAAAAGCGAGUUGAAGCGAAAACAUUCAUUGGUUUCAUAGUAUAUUAUAUAGUAACGUAAUAAAACAUGUUAUUUUCUUUCUAUUUGCAAACACAACGCGAAGCGAAGCAGUGACGGGCAGAUGAGGGUACGGUUAAUGUUUUGAAACAUAAACCGAUAGCACCAAAUCUGCGGGGAAUCAUUUAGCUGAGUUUGUUUGACCUUCCCUUUUCUUCGUUGCACGAGGUUUACGAAUUAUAUUUGGGAUAUGUUUUAAAAGUUCGUUUUUUUCCUGUGGCUGGGUUUACUUUUUUGCGGUCACCUGAAAAGUUGAAAAAAGCUGCUAUUAGUUUGUUAUUACACUGAAGCUUAUGUAAAUAUAAUAAACGUACCCAUAACAAGGAGCUGGUCUCUGUACUAAAAAUAUGAAAGAAGCUCGGCUUAAUUGUUCUCCGCUGCAUCACUAGUGCUCGUCUAUCAACAGAACAAGCAGCAAUCUCACCAAUAACUAGCAAACCGAUACAAUCCCGCUGUAAUACGUAUAUUAAUGUCCGAUCGCGAAACACAUCACAGAUCACAGACAAAAUAUCUCGCACACAAACUCUCUCUCACACACACACACACACCCAAACAUCCAUGCGAAACAGAGCGAAGAACAGAAUGUUACAUGGUACACACAAUCACUCACAUUAGGAACAACAGUUGAAACGUCUUCAAGGAAAAUAGCACCUAAGUUGAAGGUCAAAAUGUAAUAAAAAUGUAGGAUUAGAUGUUUGUUAUAUCGAACGUGAAGAAGGGGCAAAAUCAGAGGUUUGUAACAAAAAAAACAGGAAGCAAACAGGAUGAUCACAGAAAUCCUGUCUGUAAACUUGUGGCGGAAAUGAAAACCAAUACCGUACGUAGUAGCAAACAAACCGGAUUUCUGUAUUUUAAAUGUCAGUUUUAUUAGAGAAUACAUAGUUGCGUACCCAAGGAAACAAACAAACACAUACAGACACACAAACACAGCCGAGCUAGUUUUUGAAUGCGCGCAUUGGAAUCGUAGUUGAGUCCGAGCAAUAAACGUCAGCAAGAGUGGCCACUGUAUACGACACGUUGAUAAUCACUGCCUAACAAAAUAACAAAAAAAAAAUGACUUACAGAAAAUUUUACAUAACUAAAAAGAACAAAUCAUUGAAAUGAACAGAGUUGUAAUUUAAUCUGAGACAAACACAGAUAACGACGGAAAAAAGACACACAAAAGUAAACCGAUACAUUCAUGCAACGCAUGCGUAUGCAGGUGACACGGACGUUAAUUCCGGAACCUCUAAAGUGUCUCCAUAUUUUUUGCGGUGCCCAUUUCGGCGGGUUUCUAAAUAAAUUAAUAAACAAAAAAUAGAAAAUUAUAAACAAUUUUUUAUAUGUAUAACCCAAACACAAAUUGCUCCUGAACCCGAAAAUGGAACUGCAAAAAAACUAACUCAAACGAUUCCAAAAUCAGCUCGUAGCUCACAGACAGGCAAGCUCAAGUGGAGUACAUAAUUUAAAAGUGCUUCCCGAGAACCGAAACCCGACCCUCGCCUCGGACGUCUCUUCCGGUCCCCGUCCCAAGAGUAACCGUAUCAGCUUUCGCUGAAAAAAAAAGCGCUUGUGUUUGCUAAACCCAAAAUUUCAAUUCCAUACCUCCUAAAACUAAAGAGUCAAACCCACGCGUAGAGGUUGGCUUUCUUCCCCCGGGGCGAGGAUUAUCGGAUGAAGUAGUAUGUUUUUAGCUGGUACCGCGACAGCACAUACGAUGGAUUAAAACCAAAAAAAAUAGCAAUCCAGACUAACAAAGGGAAUUGUUCCAACCGUCCUUUAAUUAGGGGGAUUUAAGAGACAAGUUGGAGUCUUCGGACAGUUUUAUUUCUACACUCGACUGUGAAACACACACACACAAACACACCACUCGGAUUGUUCACGACCGGUUGAAAGAAUCACAUACACACACACCGGCGUAAGGACGCUUGGAACAAUUGUGGCAUUUAAACGAAAUAAAAAUAAAAGUAAUUCCUAAUGUUGUUUGUUAUAAUAAAAAAAUAAACUGUUACAUAAAUUAUAAAAUAACAGCAAAAAUUAUAAAAAGAAAAAAAAGCAACUGGAAAAUGAAUUAAAAAAAAUGGAAAAUGUUAAGAGUAUAGAACUCAUUUUGAUAUUAAUUAAUAAAACAAGGAAAGGAAAACUGUAAUUUUAAGAAUCAAUAACGUGAGUUAACGAAAAAUAUAAGAUAAUGAUUUAAAGAAAGAAAAGUGUUUUUUCGACAAAUA